AUGGACCAGAUGUGGAAACACAAGAUUUCUUUGAUUUGCUUAGGGCUACUGAUGAACCUUUAUGGGAAGGAUCUAGCUCUCCCAAAUGGUUCAAAUAUACCUAGAACAUUUGUGGAGGCUCAGAAGACCAUUGCGAAGCUUGGUCUUAGAUAUGAGAAGAUUCAUGUGUGCCCAAAUAAUUGUCAGCUCUAUCGGAAAGACAAGAAAUAUGAUGACUUCUGUUCAAAAUGUGCAGCUUCAAGAUGGAAAAAUAAGCCAGAUAAAACAUCAUUAACAAAAAAGGAAAGAAGAAAGGCAACGCCAAAUAAGGUAUUGUGUUACUUUCCAAUCAAACCUAGACUUAAAAGGCUUUUCAUGAACAAGGAAACAACCAAGUUAACUAGAUGGCAUGAUGAGGAGCAUACAAAGGAUGGUGCUUUGUGCCAUCCUGCUGAUUCAGAGGUUUGGAAAAUCAUUGAUUCCCAGCACCCUCAUAUUGCAUCAGAUUCUCGAAACAUGAGGUUUGGAAUAGCAACAGAUGGUUUUAACCCAUAUGGGAAGUGUAAUUCUACCCAUAGUUGUUGGCCAGUUGUAUUAGUACCAUACAAUCUUCCACCAUGGUUAUGCAUGAAAGCUUCUUCUCUUAUGCAUAUUGUGAGUGACUACCCUGGGACAGGGAUACUAGCACAGUACAAUGUUAUGGGAUAG